GUGUGUGUGUGUGAGAGAGAGAGAGAGAGAGAGAGAGAGAGAGAGAGAGUGGCAUACAUGUACAUACCAUGGCUACUCAUAACUCAAAUCCUAAUGCUUUGUGGAAACAGUGAAGCCAAAAUUCCAGCCAUAAUAGUGUUUGGAGACUCUUCUGUUGAUGCAGGGAACAACAACCAGAUUCCAACAAUUGCUAGGAGCAAUUUUGAGCCCUAUGGUCGUGACUUUUUGGGGGGCCAGCCGACGGGACGUUUCUCGAACGGCCGGAUUCCCACGGAUUUCAUCUCUCAAGCAGUUGGUCUCAAGCCCACUGUGCCUGCCUACUUGGAUCCAGCCUAUAGUAUCUCAGAUUUUGCCCUUGGAGUUAGCUUUGCUUCAGCUGGAAGUGGUUAUGAUAAUGCAACUUCUGAUGUGCUAUCUGUGAUACCUCUAUGGAAAGAAUUGGAGUACUACAAGGAUUAUCAAAGGAAACUGAGAGCCUUUCUUGGAGAACAGAAGGCCCAUGAAACAGUUACUGAGGCAUUGUACGUGAUGAGUUUAGGGACAAACGACUUCCUGGAGAACUACUACACUCUCCGGGAUCGGCGAUCCCAAUUCACCGUCGACCAGUACCAAGAUUUCCUGAUCGGGAUCGCCGGGACAUUCAUUACAAACCUCUAUGGUCUCGGAGCAAGAAAAAUAUCCCUCGGAGGACUUCCUCCAAUGGGUUGUUUGCCACUGGAAAGGGCAACGAAUUUUGCCAAUGGGAAUGAAUGUGUGGAGAGCUACAACAUUGUGGCAAUGAGUUUCAAUGACAAGUUGAGAGGUUUAGUGAUGAAGCUAAACAGAGAGCUGGCUGGUAUUAAGUUGGUGCUGUCCAACCCCUACUACGUUCUUCUGCAUAUUAUUCGAAAACCAGCAUUUUAUGGGUUUGAUAUGACAGCAAUGGGAUGUUGUUCCACAGGGAUGUUUGAGAUGGGCUAUACAUGCAAUCAAUACAACCCUCUCACAUGUACAGAUGCCAACAAAUUCGUAUUUUGGGAUGCCUUUCACCCAACAGAGAAAACAAACAAGAUCAUCUCAGAUCAUAUGGUUAAGACUGCUUUGUUCAAGUUUCUUUGAUAAAUAAGGUUCAGGCUGUGCUGCGAUAUUCUAAUAAUUAUGGGCUAAAAAAUGGAUAACUUAAACUUAAGAGGGCUUAAUGUUAUUAUACGAUGAAGUUUGAUUAUUGCUGUUUUUAUUUUAGCCCCUCCAGUGCUGUGAUAUUCUGAUGGAGAGCUGAUUAUCUGUAAUUAAUGUUAUUGUGAUCUAGAUCGAAUAAGACGAUCUUAUUAUUUAUUAAUCAGCUUUCUUUGAUUU